AUGUCGAAAAAGGAGGCGGACGGAUUUGGCUCGUUUUCGCACCUGCUGGACGCGCGCCUGCUGCGUGCGCUUGCCAAGCUUGGCUACGGCACGCCCACGCCUGUGCAGCGCCAGUCUAUUGAACAGAGUCUUGGUGGAAAUGCGCGCGAUAUCCUUGCGCGGGCGCGCACCGGCAGCGGCAAGACGCUUGCCUAUGCCCUUCCGGUCGUGCAAAAGAUCCUCACGGCGAAGGAGACGAUUCCCAAGUCAUCCGAGAGCUAUGCGGGAACGCGUGCGCUGAUCCUCGUGCCGACUCGCGAGCUGGCGGAGCAGGCGAAUCGGCAGCUGUCCGAGAUCCUCGUCUACUGCCGCGACGAGGUGCAGGUGGCCAACAUUGCGCGCUCAGUGAGCAGCGCGGUGCAGAAACUGCUCCUUUCUGAGAAGCCCGAUAUCGUGGUGGCGACGCCGUCGCGUGCGCUGACGUGCCUGCAGUCGCGCGACCUCGUUCUCUCCUCGAGCCUCGAGUCGCUGGUGAUCGACGAGGCGGACCUCAUCUUUUCGUACGGCCACGACGCCGAGGUCAAGACGAUCCUCGGCGAAGGCUUCCUGUCGCGCAACUUCCAGACGUUCCUCAUGAGUGCGACGCUCAGCGACGAUAUCGAGACGCUCCGUGGCCUGGUCCUCAAGAAUCCUGCGGUGCUGCGCCUGGAAAACGAUACCUCGCUCGCACAGAACCUCUUGCAAUACUAUGUCGAGACCUCGGAGGAGGACAAGUUUUUACUCGUGUACGUGAUCCUGAAGCUGCGCCUCAUCCGCGGCAAGUGCCUCUUGUUUGUGAACGACAUCGACCGCUGCUUCCGCCUGAAGCUAUUCCUCGAGCAGUUUGGCCUGCGCACCUGUGUCCUGAACGAGGAGCUUCCGGUAAACAGCCGCUUCCACAUUGUCGAGGAGUUCAACAAGGGAAAGUAUGACUACAUUAUCGCCACCGAUGCCAACACGCAAGAAGAGGCGAGCACCUCGAAAAAGAGCGAGUACGGCGUCUCGCGCGGCAUCGACUUUGUCGCCGUCGCCUGCGUGAUCAACUUUGACCUGCCGACGUCCACGCGCGCAUAUACCCACCGCAUCGGGCGUACGGCGCGUGCAGGUAACACAGGCACGGCGCUCAGCUUCGUCGUGCCGGCCGACGAGUUCGGCAAGAAGAAGGGCAUCUCGUGCCCAACGUGCCGCCACGACCCCUCAGUCUGGAAAAAGAUUGUGCGCGACCAGCAAAAGAGCGGCAGCGUGGGGGCGGACGGUAUCCAACUCUGGAAGUACGACAAGAAACAGGUCGACGCGUUCCGCUACCGUAUGGAAGAUGCGCUGCGCUCGGUCACCAAGGUCGCGAUCAAGGAGGCGCGUAUCCAGGAGAUCAAGACGGAAAUCCUCAACUCCAAGGCACUCAAGGCACACUUUGAAGAGAACCCCAAAGAUCUCGAGUACCUCCGCCACGACCGCGCGCUGCACCCGGCACGCGUCCAGCAGCAUAUGCGCCAUAUCCCGUCGUACCUGCGGCCACGCAUCGCCGCCAUCCCCGGCGCGAACCAGCCCCAGAGCGAGCGGUCCGUGGGAUACGUCCCUAAGAACAAGGGCAAAGAGGGACGCGCCAAGGGAGGGCGCGCGCGCAAGGACCCCAAGCGCAAACCCACCAAGAAAAAGUCGGACCCCCUCCGCACCUUUAGCUCCCGGCCGGAGCGCCCGGCCAGCGCGGCGCGCGACGCGGGCCUCCUCGCGUCGUGCCGCGAGCAGUGGGACACGAUCCGUUCGUAUCUUGAAUCGCCCGACCAGCGUGCCCUACAGGGCGGACUGGCGAACACUGGCAUUCCGGCGUGUAUGGACCAGCUCGUGCAUGUCCUGCUCCAAGAGGACGCGGAGAUGCACGAGCAGGCCGUGGGAAUGUGCAUGGAAUACGUGCUGGAGAACGACGUGCUGGGCGGACUCUUGGGACUGUGCAUCGCCGACGAACCCCAGGGCGUGAAGCGCGAAAUGAUCCGCAUGUUUGGGCGGCUCGUACACGGAAUGCAGACGGGUUUCCUCGCGCACCAAGGCGUGAUCCGCGCCAUUGCGCAGCUCCUGCACCACUGCAUUCGCCUCGACCAGCGCGCCUCAUCCGACACGCCAGACGAGCACGGCGACGCGGACGAGGCGCUGCUGGAUCUGGUCUGUGACGUGGCCGAGAAGCUCACGGCACAGCCCUCGAUCCUUCGGCUGUUUGUCGAGCUGGGCGCGGCGUACACGGCAGGGCGCGAAAGCGACCCAUUUCUCCUCUUUUCCUACCUCGUGCAGCAUUUACACCACACCGGCGACCGCGGCUUUCGCGUACGGACGGCGACACUCGACUUGUUGCGUACAAUGCUCGCGUACGAUGCCGAGGAUGCGCUGCUGCAGUACACGGCCAAGAGUCACUGCGCCGAGGCGCUCAGCGCGUCCACCGCCGCGGCGUACGGACUGCUUCCGAUGCAUGUCGAUGCUGGCGACGGACAGAGCGGGGAUCCGUUCACGUCAGUGCGUGCGCACCGCUGGCACGACCUUGCUGCGUCGUGGGCGACGACCGACUUUGCGCCUGAAGUCUGCACGUGGAUGGACCUCCUCUGGCUUUCGCAGCAAACCAUUGCCGAAUGUUCGGCGCAUGCGCGCUCGGCAGAAGGGGGGAAGGCCGACCAACUGGAGCAACUGCGUGUGGAUAUUCUGCAGCAGUUCCGCACGACCUUUCUCGAAAACGUCGUCUAUCCAUCCGUUCAGGGAUGCAGCGUAAAUGACGGAAGUGCAGCAGCCGUCCUGCUCUACCACGCCUUGCUGUUUAGCGUACUCGAUCCGUGCGCAUCGCUCUCGCGCAUCGCCACGACGCAGGUGCUGGACGACCGCAGUCUCAGCGCGGUCGUAGCAGAGUGCAUCGCGCUGCCGGGCAACGAACAUGCAUCGCUCCGCAUCCUUGCGUUGCGCCUUGCGUCGCUGUACUCGCGCCGCGUGUCUCUACGCGAUGCCGCGCUCGGCACACUGCCGUCGAGUGCGCCGCGCGACAUGCACCCCGCUGCGCCGUUCGUUGCGAUGGUCCAGUCGAUACAGACGCCCCGCAGCGGCGCAAGUCUGCCGGAACGCUUUCUGCAGCACCUCGCCGAGGUCGAGCAGACGAUGCGGAUGGAUCCCGACUAUGCGUACGCGGACCGCAUCUCGUUCGGCGAGGAUGACCAAGAGACUUUGCAUCCAAUGCGCCAUACGCGCAUUCUCCGUGAGCCGGUCGACGUGAAGGAACACUUUGUGACGCCAUUGCUCACCAUGCUGUGCCGCUUUCUUGCAUCACCACUCGACAUGAAUGUUGAGCUCACACGGACCCUUGCCACGCUGUGCCGCUCGCCGUACGUCGCGCUCGAGGGAUUUGCCUACUUGCACGACGGGCCGCCGCCGCCGCUGACCUACGUCCUGUUCAUGCUCGUGCUGCAAACACAGGCGUACGCGGCGAAGCAUAUUUCGGUGUCCGUGCAUCCGUGCACUGUGCCGGACCUGAUACCCGCGCCGCAGAGCGCAUGCAAAAUACCGCUCCUGUGUGUCAUUGACAAUAUCCUGCUCCUCGAAGAGUUCCUUGUGGAGCUUGCCGCCAUAGCGCAGCUCCGCCGCGCAUGGGAUAUUGAGGCGCCGUAG